AUGUUUGCCAGUCAGAAUGGUCACUAUCAAGUGGUUGAGCUUCUUCUUAAAGAAAAUGCUAAUGCUAAUCUUCAAACACAGAAAGGUUCAAGUGCUUUAAUGUUUGCCAGUGAUAAUGGUCAUUAUCAAGUCAUUGAGCUUCUUCUCAAAGGAAAAUCUGAUCCUAAUUUUGAAGACCAAGAAGUUCAGCUUCUUCUCAAAGAAAAUGCUGAUCCUAAUCUUCAAAGAGAAGAUGGUAUGACUAGUUUAAUGUUUUGCCAGUCUGAAUGGCCAUACAGAGUUGUUGAGCUUCUUCUCAAAGAAAAUGCUAAUCCUCAUUUUCAAGCCCAAGAUGGUAUGACUGCUUUAAUGUUUGCCAGUGAGAAUAGCCAUUACCAAGUCAUUGAACUUCUUCUCAAAGAAAGUGCUGACCCUAAUCUUCAAAAACAAGAUGGUUGGACUGCUAUAAUGUUUGCUAGUAAGAAUGGUCAUCACCCAGUUGUAGAGCUUCUUCUAAAAGAAAAAGCUGAUCCUAAUCUUCAAACACAGAAAGGUUCAACUGCUUUAAUGUUUGCCAGUGAUAAUGGUCAUUAUCAAGUCAUUGAGCUUCUUUUCAAAGUAAAUGCUAAUCAUAAUCUUCAAACUCAGGAAGGUUGGACUGCAUUGAUGUAUGCAAGUGAGAAUGACCAUUAUGAAGUUGUCGAGCUUCUUCUGAAAGAAAAUGCUGAUCCUAAUCUUCAAACACAAGAUGGUUGGACUGCUUUAAUGUUUGCCAGUCAGAAUGGUCAUUACCAAAUUGUUGAUCUUCUUCUUAAAGAAAGUGCUGAUCCUCAUCUUGAAUCACAAGAAGGUUGGACUGCUUUAAUGCUUGCCAGUCAGAAUGGCCAUACCAAGUCAUUGAGCUUCUUCUUAAAGAAAAUGCUGAUCCUAAUCUUCAAGAUGAAGAGGUAUGACUGCUUUAAUGUUUGCUAG